UAUAUACAAAGACAGCCCAAUUUGAAGACCUACUGAAAACUACGCACUAUACGAAACCAAAGAGAAAUCGCAGAAGGAAACAGAGAUUUUCUAGGGAAAAGGGCAAGAAAAUCGAUUGGAGAGCACGACAAAAUUCUAUUGAGCAAGCAAGAAAGAUCAAAUUGAUACAAUUUAUCACCCGUGAAAUACAUCGAUGGCAACUCAAACCAGAGGCCUAAUUCGAGACCAGAAUCUAAAUGUUCACUUUGAUGCGGCUCCUCUUGGGCUAAAGUCCAAUGUCUCGAAGGCACAAAAGAAUGGAGGGCUUGGUGGAAGGAAGGCACUUAAUGAUAUAUCUAACUCGGGGAGGCCUUCCACACUUCAGACAUCAAAGAAGCACAACUCGAAGAAUGUGAUCUCUAUUGGAGGAGCUAUUGGUCCCUCUAAAAUGACAUCUUCCUUUGGAGGAAAAAGAAAUGUUUCGAAGGGUCCAGAGAAAGCGCAAGCUGGUGGCAGGAAAGCACUCAGUGACCUCACAAACUCUGGGAAACAUCCACAUGUGCAUCAGGCAUCGAAAAAGAGUCAGGAUAAGAAGUUGAGUGUUGUUGCAGAAGAACAAAUUCUUCCCCGUAAUGUUUCAGAGGAACGAUUUCUGCAUGAUCAUCAGGAAUGCAUCAAGGCACAAGGGAAUGCCAUUGGCAUGGAUUAUUUUCUGAAGACAGUUGGACUAGAUAACGAUGAUUACUUCAUGCAGUUAGGCUCUCCACUGUCGGGGAAAUUGAAGCCUGAGAGUCCCCUGAGGUACUUGGAAAUGGAAGAGAUGUUUGAGCUUGGGUAUGAAGAUCAAUCUCAAUGGAAGAAGCCUAGUGGACAAACUCCUUGUGGAAGUCCGAAAUCACCCACUCCCUGUAUGCAGUCGAAGGAUUACAACUUUCCCAAUUUCACGUUGAUGGAGUCACCGUAGGUCGGUACACAUUUUGACCUCACUAAAUAAAUGUUUAUGCUUUUCUUUUUGGGUUUUCAUUUGUGAGAUUUGCACCUUACCUUUUGAGACGAUGAAACCAUACUUGUUGAAAUUACUGUUUCAAGUAGAUUGAUUCUGAUAGUUGAAGCUUCUAAUUUGAUUAGGACAUACAAACUAUAAUUCGGGUAUGGUAAA